AUGGCAUUGGCAUUUUGGUGGGUUCAGUUCUUUGGUUUGACAUCGGGUUGCUCCCCUCCAGCUGGUUGCCCAUCACCAUGCAGCUCAACUAGCGUCCGAUUUUACCAAGUUGGCUCUGUCUGGUCCAUUCCACCAUCCCCAACUUAUUACGCCAACUGGUCCUCCUCCAAUUUCUUCCGCACCGGCGACUUUCUCAGUUUUAAUUUCAAAACGGGAGAAAACGAUGUGAUUCAAGUAUCAAGACACGAGUACGAGAGUUGCACCUCCUGCAACCCCUUUAAUGUCAUGAACUUUGGUCCUGCAAACUUUCAACUCACCGAGGAAGGUGUCUUCUAUUUUAUCAGCAACUUCUCCAACUACUGUGCGCUUGGGCUGAAAGUUUCGGUCAAGGUGCACGGGUGCUCCUCCAUUGACGGAUCUCAGUCUGCUCCGUCACCGUCACCUUCUCCGCGGCCUGCUCCUCCUUCUUCAUCGCCUUCACGGCCAUCUCCUCCGCGUAAGCCUCCAGUUCCAAACCCGGCGCCAUCGACGUCACCUAAUUAUGGCUAUCCUCCAGAAGUUGGUGCUCCGGCCAGUACUGAUCAUGACAAGUCUAUGGCAACAUUAAUGGAGCGUGGAAGGUGGUUCGGCGUGGGUUUUUUUGAAAUUAUCUUUCGCUUGGCUUUUGAAAUUUGUUUGGUGGGAUUUGUCAUUCUUGGAUGA